CACAGGGGAAAAGCCUUAUCCAUGUUCAGAGUGUGGGAAAUGUUUUACUCACAAAUCAGAACGUGAGAGGCAUCAGAGAGUUCACACGGGAGAGAAGCCGUAUUCAUGUUCAGAAUGUGGUAAAUGUUUUACUUCAAAAUCAUAUUUUAUGAGCCAUCAGAGAAUUCACACAGGGGAAAAGCCGUAUCUAUGUUCAGACUGUGGGCAAUGUUUUACUCGCAAAUCACAACUUGAGAGGCAUCAGAGAGUUCACACGGGAGACAAGCCGUAUUCAUGUCCAGAAUGUGGGAAAUGUUUUACUCAGAAAUUUUCUCUUGUUGUCCAUCAGAGAAUUCAUACAGGGGAGAAACCGUAUUCAUGUUCAGAGUGUGGGAAAUGUUUUACUCACAAAUCAGAACUUGAGAGGCAUCAGAGAGUUCACACGGGAGAGAAGCUCUAUUCAUGUUCAGAAUGUGGGAAACGUUUUAUUAUGAAAUCACAUCUUGAGAGCCAUCAGAGAAUUCACACAGGGGAGAAGCCGUAUUCAUGUUCGGAAUGUGGAAAAUGUUUUGCUCAUAAAUCAAAUCUUGAGCCCCAUCAGAGAAUUCACACAGGGGAGCUGUAUUCAUGUUCAGAAUGUGGUAAAUGUUUUACUAAGAAAUCAUCUCUUGAGAGCCAUCAGAGAAUUCACACAGGGGAAAAGCCUUAUUCAUGUUCGGAAUGUGGAAAAUGUUUUUCUCAUAAAAAAUCUCUUCAGACCCAUCAGAGAAUUCACACAGGGGAGAAGCUGUAUUCAUGUUCGGAAUGUGGAAAAUGUUUUACUCAUAAAAAAUCUCUUCAGACCCAUCAGAGAAUUCACACAGGAGAGAAGCCGUAUUCAUGUUCAGAAUGUAGCGAAUGUUUUACUAAUAAUUCAAGUCUUGCUAUACAUCAGAGAAUUCACACAGGUGAGAAGCAUUUUAUUUGUUCAGAAUGUGAAGAGAGUUUUGCUACAAAAUCAGCUCUUCUUUUACAUCACAGACGUCACACAGGGGAGAAGCCGUAUUCAUGUUCGGAAUGUGGGAAAUGGUUCACUCAGAAGUCAUAUCUUAUUAAACAUCAGAGAAUUCACACAGGGGAGAAGCCAUAUUCAUGUUCAGACUGUGGGAAAUGUUUUACUCAUAAAUCAAAUCUUCUGAAACAUCAGAAAGUUCACACAAAGGAGAAGCCGUAUUCAUGUUCAAAAUGUGGGAAAUGUUUUACUCAGAAAUCACAUCUUCAGAGUCAUCAGAGAAUUCACACAGGAGAGAAGCCGUAUUCAUGUUCAGAAUGUGGGAAAUGUUUUACUACGAAAUCAUAUCUUCAGAGUCAUCAGAGAAUUCAUACAGGAGAGAAGCCAUAUUCAUGUUCAGAAUGUGGGAAAUGUUUUACUAUGAAAUCAAGUCUUGAGAGACAUCAGCAAAUCUGCACAAAGGAGAAGCCAUAUUCAUGUUAAGAAUGUGACUGAUGGGGGAGGGGGGCAAGCAUGUGAGCGGCUGUGCGUCGGCUGAGCUCCUGCACUACCCCAGCCAAUUAUCCUGCAAACAUUAGCCUAAUACUGUUGCUUGCAUGUUUACCCUGCAGUGGACCUUGGGAACACAACAAUAGCGAAAUUUAGCUGCCAUGACCAGGAAAAGAAAAGGAAAAGGCACAGACAAGGACCCGCAAGAUGGCUCUGGCUCUGCUGCAGCGCGGCUGGCACAAUAUGCUUUUUCAGCGGCACUACUUAGCACAAGACGCUCUGAGACAAGGGUGAGGCUCUACCAUCAAAUAGUGGCAUAAACUCUGACAGUGAGGGGGUGGAAGCUGCUACAGUAAAAGAACGCGGCCCUAACUAUGGCAUCUUACAGACGAGUUGUGCAGACACUGAGUCAGAGGCUCAGGAAUCCAAAUCGGAGGAGUCAACCCUCAAAGAUGUCAUGCAAGCCAUUACUAAAUGCGGCAAGUCAAUGAAGGUGCUGACAAUGCAAGUCGGAGCCUUAAAAGAAGAUCUGUCCAUAGUCAGGCAGGACUUUCAAAAGUUGGCAGAACGCACAACCGCCCUGGAGGAGCGAGUGGGCGAUAUGGAGGACGCUAUACAUCCUCUCAAGAGGGACACUACGGAACAUGCUCGCAGGCUAGAUAUACUGGCUGCCAAGCAAGAUGACUUGGAAAAUCGGCUGAGACGAAAUAAUGUAAGAUUAGUUUGAUUACCAGAAAAAGUGGAAGGUGUUAACCCUACAGAGUUAUUUGAAACCUGGUUAA